UUGAAAAAUCACAAGAGCACAUGCUAAUUAACAAAGCAGAAUCUCAACCGUCAGAUAUUUUAAGUCAAAGCCCCCCCAAAAAGAGAAAAAAGAAAGCAAAAUCCAAGAGGCAUUUAAAAGCAAAUCCAAGAGGCAUUUAAAGGAAAAUCUAAAGGGUGUUUGUUAGCUAGCAAGACGGUACACUCGAGUGUUUGCACUAUAAUACUACUGCAUUAAAUUAAAAAGAAUAAAAAGAAAAACGAUACUUCUAAUAAAAGAGAGAUAUUAGAAGAGAAGAAGAGUUUGAAUACGGAAAACAAGCAAACUUUAAGUAUAAAUAUCAAAGCACAAAUAACCCACGUUUAUUAGAGUCCUGAAUGGUUCAACUUCAACACUUUUACUUGGCCAAACCCCAUUUCUCAUUUCUCUCGCAUGAGCACACUCCUGUUUCUCAUUAUAUUCUGCUUCUUCCUAGUUUUGUGCCACAUACAAUAAGCACAGUCUUUCUUAGUUGCAGGUCACUUUUAAGCAAAACAAAAAUAUCUGCUUAGCAGAAAAAAGAAAAAAGAAAAAAGAAAAAAAGGAGGGCUUUGUUUAGAUCUUAUUGUCAGUGUAGCUAGGGCACAGUCAUGGAUAUAGAGUCACAAAAUUUUAAUAAGGAAGAACCUGAAGAAGUCGUUUCUAUUUUUAAGAAAGCUAAUCGUCCUGUUACUUUGAAGUUUGAUGAAGUUGUAUACAAGGUUGGACUGCAAAAGCCAUCUGGAUGGUCAUGUCAAAAGGGAAUGAAAGUGGUAUCAUGUCAAAAUGGAAUCAAAGGAGAUGAAAAAGUUAUCUUAAAAGGAAUUACAGGUAUGGUUUUUCCAGGUGAAAUGCUAGCAAUGUUAGGUCCAUCAGGAAGUGGCAAAACAACCCUAUUGACUGCCUUGGGAGGGAAACUUGGUGGGAAAUUAGGUGGAAAAAUAACCUACAAUGGCAAACCUUUCUCCAAUGCCAUGAAACGAAAUACAGGAUUUGUUACACAAGAUGAUGUUCUCUAUCCUCACUUGACUGUAACAGAGACAUUAGUCUUCACUGCCCUUCUUAGAUUACCUAAAGAGCUUACAAAACAAGAGAAAAUUAUGCAUGGAGAGGCUGUGCUUACUCAACUUGGUUUAACUAGGUGCAAGAAUAGCAUUAUAGGAGGACCCUUCCUGAGAGGAAUUUCAGGUGGUGAGAGGAAAAGGGUUAGUAUAGGACAAGAACUCCUUAUAAACCCUAGCUUACUUUUCUUGGAUGAGCCUACUUCUGGUCUUGAUUCAACGACAGCCCAAAGGAUUGUCUCUACAGUUUGGGAGCAAGCAAAAGGAGGAAGAACUAUAGUGAUGACCAUACACCAGCCCUCUAGUAGGUUGUUCUACAUGUUUGACAAGGUCUUGUUGCUAUCAGAAGGGAAUCCUUUGUACUUUGGGAAGGGAUCAGAAGUUAUGAAUUACUUUUCUAGCAUUGGAUUUGAACCUUCAGUUGCAAUGAAUCCAGCUGAUUAUCUUUUGGAUCUUUCAAAUGGUAUAUCAUCAUAUACUGAUUCACGCGAUCAAGCGACAGUGAAGCAAACUCUGGUUACUGCUUAUAAGGACAAUCUUGCUGGCGACUUGAAGGCAGAGGUUCAGGCAGUUGACAAUAACCUUCAGAACAGUUCAAAUGACAAGCAGUUCGCGAGGUGGGCAACAACUUGGUGGCAACAGUUCACAGUGUUGUUUAGGAGAGGACUAAAAGAAAGGAAGCAUGAGUCAUUUGCUGGUAUAAAGGUUGCACAGGUCCUGAUAGUAGCUUUCCUGUCAGGUUUAAUAUGGUGGAAGUCUGGUUCUCACUUGCAAGAUCAGAUCGGACUGCUAUUCUUUUACUCGGGAUUUUGGGGUUUCUUCCCUCUAUUUCAAGCAAUCUUCACCUUUCCUCAAGAACGAAGAAUGCUUGAAAAAGAGCGAUCUUCAGGCAUGUAUAGGUUGUCGUCAUACUUCAUGUCGAGAACAGUGAGUGACCUACCCAUGGAGCUUGUCCUUCCUGCCAUUUUUGUUAUCAUAACCUAUUGGAUGGCAGGGCUUAAGAGCACAGCAGUAAACUUUUUGAAUACCUUAUUCGUUGUCUUAUUCAAUGUCCUGGUAGCUCAAGGCCUAGGUCUUGCCCUUGGUGCAAUCGUGCUUGACCAAAGAUCUGCAACUACAGUGGGAUCAGUGCUCAUGCUGUCAUUCCAACUAGUUAGCGGGUACUACGUGCAGAAUGUUCCUAUCUUUAUUGGAUGGAUCAAGUACAUUUCCAUUAGUCAGUACACGUACAGGCUCUUGUUGGGGUCUCAGUACAAGCAGACUGAUACGUAUCCAUGUAAUACUACUGCUUCUGGGGUUUGUUUAGUUGGUGACUACCCUGCGAUAAAGAUGGUGGGACUGGGUGUCGAUGGGCAAAUUAUUGCUGCUGUUGCCCUUCUGAUUAUGCUUGUGCUCUUCCGGGUUAUUGCUUAUCUUGCUCUUACGAGGAUCGGUGUUGUGAAAAAGUAGAAUGAUCGAGUUUCCAAAAUGUAGCGAAAUGAUAUGUCGAACGCCAUAUGUAUCAAGCUUCACCAUGGAUAUGCCCUCUGUAGAGGCAAAUACAGUUCAGACCAGUUGGCCAUUGAAUUUUAAUUAGCAAUGUGACAUUAUCGUAUUUAUUUAGCAAUUAAAAGUUUCUAUGGAAUAUUAAAUUAUCUACA